AGGCUAUCAAAAUGGCUACCUACCUAAUCUACCUCCUAAAGCUUUGUACCGUUCUGAUAUAAUAUCAGUGUAAUACCAGUCAGUGUAUUGUACCUAAGUCAUAGGUAGAUAGGUACCUUAGGUACCCAUGGUAAGGUAAACGUAAAGGGGGGACCCCUCUUUCUCGGAGCUGGUGUUUACCCCUGUCUACACUUUUUCAUUAUACACUAAUCACUUACAUACCUUUUUAUCAAGUUACCUACUCAGCUACAUGUAUGUCCAGGAUAGACGACCAAUGAUUAUUUAGUUAUCCUUUUGGAUAGUAAUACUCUCAAUUUCUAAUCGCCGUCUUUCGCGAAUUAUUGCAAUCUCCUACUCGUAUUGUAAGCAUCGUUCGCAGUCGUGUAACCACGUAACCGAAUAACCUAGGUCAUGAGGGUUAUUGCUUUGCUUCGUUUCUGUGUUUGCUAUGCUGUGGUUCGGCCGAGUUACAGACCGUUGGGGUUACGGAUUACAUCCACGUCGAAUGUGGUUUGUAAGAACUCUCCAAAACGUGUCCGGGUAACAAGGAGGGUAUCAACAACAUCUCCUCUAUGUCAUGUAUCGCAGGUGAAAGGCUUGAACACAAUACCUGCCUACCUAACCAUACUUUAGAUAGUUCAAGCAGUUAGGUACAUAAUAAAGAUCUUUCGGUAGGUAGUCAAAGCAAGGCAGACGACUAAGUUAUACAACUCACAACUUUCUCAUAGGUUUUACGAAGUCACUAAUAGGCUAUAGCUAGUAGAACUUCACCAAGCUCCCCUACUGAGGUAACAUCACGACUUGGGAUUGAUAGGCAUAGCACCUCAGCUAGUCUGGGUCACAAGGCGACAUAGGAGUCGCAGCACCUUUGUUUCUUAACCGAGCCGACAACGCUAGGCUAUAGCCUUAUGGAAAUAUGUACUAUAUUUUAUAUUAAAUCCC